GAUGUUAAAAGCUAAAUAAAAUAAAAAGGAAAGCCUAUGGUUAAUAUUAGGGUUUCUAGAGUAUCUUAUCUUGAAAUGUUACCUAGCAAAUUUAUGAAUCAUAUAUCAUUACACCCACUCUUGCGGUUUGGCAGGCAAUAACGACGAUUAGUUGUACAAAAAUAAAUAAACGUCUUUGGUUCACCCUAGUGGGCAUUCAUUAGUACUACAGCUACCGUACGACGUUCCGUACUGUCGAAAAACGUUGCGAAAACUAACCAGGCAAAUAUGAAAACGUGGGUAGUCCAUUUGCUCCAUAUGAAGAGGAGAAAUUGAUAAACUAGUUUAAAGUUAAGCGUGUUGAGGUUACUGUAUAAAACGCCAGUGAUAUUUUAAUCAUGGCACUUUACAUGAAAGCAGCAGAGAUUCUUGAGAAAGUGGAGCAGAAGAAGGGUGCUGUGAAAACUCUGGUUUACGACAGUAAAUUUCAAAAUAUCAAGCAGCUCUUUGCCCUUGUGUGUGAGACACAGAAAUACUCCUCAGUCCUGCAGGAGAUCAUUGAAAGCACCAAGCUUCUGAAGGAAACAAAACUCCGGAUUCAUUUAGCUAAGGUGCUGGUGUAUGACCUGCUCAUUGGUCAUGGGGUGAAAUGUGGAGGCGCCUGGAAGACGAUGAUGUUGAAGCAUCGCUCCAGACUACAAGCUGCCCUGGCAAGAAUCAAAGUCAAGAGAAAAGUCAGUCGAAAUCAAGACCUGCUGCCCUCCAGUUUCCAGCAGACUCAGGAUGAUGUAAUUCCACGCUACGUGCGAGUGAACACUCUGAAAACCACUCUUGAAGAUGUCAUUGACUAUUUAAAAAGAGAGGGAUUUUCAUAUCAAGGAACAGCAAGUCGGCUUGAGGAUCUUGAUUGUCUGUCUGGGAAGACAUUUCUGCGUGAUCUUCAUCUCCAAGAUCUUCUGGUUUUCAGUGCAAAAACAGACUUCCACGAUCACUUCCUUUAUAAAGCAGGACACAUUAUAUUGCAGGACAAGGCCAGCUGUCUCCCUGCUUUCCUCCUAAAUCCACAAGUUGGCAGCCACGUCAUUGAUGCGUGUGCAGCUCCAGGAAACAAAACCAGCCAUCUAGCCGCCAUAAUGAAAAACAAAGGGAAGCUUUUUGCAUUUGAUCUUGAUGCAAAACGCCUGUCCACCAUGAGUACUCUUCUCCUUCGUGCUGGGGUCACAUGUCAUCAGCUGGCCAAUCAGGAUUUUCUGAAAGUAGAUCCACAGAGCUCAGAGUACAAGGAAGUCGAGUCCAUCCUUCUGGACCCUUCCUGCAGUGGAUCAGGGAUGGUUUGUCUGCGGGAUGAGGUCUCAGAGCAGCAGGAUGAGGGACGAUUGCAGGCGCUGGCUACAUUUCAGCUGCGGUGUCUCAACCACGCGUUGCAGUUUCCUCAGGUACAGCGCGUCGUCUAUUCCACCUGCUCCAUUCAUGCGCAGGAGAACGAGGAGGUUGUAUCGGCCUGCUUACAGCAGAACCCUGGAUUCAGACUAGUCCAUCUUCUUCCAAACUGGCCUGAGAGGGGUCAUGAGCCUUUAAGCCAGUGCCUUCGUGCCAGCACAGCAAAAACACGCACUCAUGGAUUCUUUGUGGCCAUGCUGGAGAGACGUCCCCCUCAGACAGAUGAAGAAAACCUCCCAGUCAUCACAACAUUGCCGUCUGUUGGUGAGGAAAAGCAGGAGAUACAUCAAUCUGGUGCAUCUGAUGAGGAACAAGAGAACACGGAGACUGCAAAUGAGCAACCGACAAAUCCAAGCUCAAAGAAGAAACGGAGAAGAAACAGAAAGAAGCUCAAAAAGCAAGAAUCCUAAAGUUACAGAGGACUUAAAAUCUCUUCUUCUUAAUCUCUUCUCAGCUAAACCGACACACUGACUCCUGCUUUUAUUGAAAUGUGAUAAAUUACAUUGUUUCAAGUCA